AUGUCUGCGAUUUCUAUGCUAGAAACCCUGAAACUGCGAUAUUCGCGUUCAAAAAUUUAUACGUAUAUUGGAAAUAUAGUUGUUUCUGUAAAUCCAUAUAAAGAUUUAUUAAUCGACGGACCGGAAGUAAUGGCGAAGUAUUUUAACCGGAUGCUCACAAGUGUUCCAGCGCAUUUAUAUGGACUUGCAGAAACGUUAUAUCAGACUGCCCUAAGGAACGAUUGUGAUCAAAUUGUUGUCAUAAGUGGUGAAUCUGGCUCAGGAAAAACGGAGGCGUUUAAAAGAAUCACGCAAUAUCUUGCAUGUACAAGUGAACAAGGGAAAAACGGUCUGAGCUCAGUGGCUAGACGGGUUUUGGAAAGUACUCCGGUUCUCGAAAGUUUUGGAAACGCAACAACUCUGAGAAAUGAUAAUUCUUCACGAUUUGGCAAGCUGGUGGAAAUUUUCUUUGCAAAGUCAGUAAUUAUUGGAGCGAAAAUCACCAACUUCUUACUUGAGAAAUCUAGAAUAGUGCGACAAUCUGAAAAAGAACGUAACUAUCAUGUAUUCUAUGAACUACUAAGUUCACUAGAUAAUGAGAGUAAGGCAAAGCAUCAUCUUAAAAAUGUUGAAGAUUAUCAAUAUUUGAUGAAAGAUUCAAGACGUACAUUUAGUACACAUUCUGAUCGAGAUGGUUUAUCAAUGUUACUUGAAAGUUGGCAAACAUUAGGACUUUCACAAGAUGAAAUGGAUUUAUGUCUUCGUGUAGUAUCUGCUGUAUUACAUCUUGGGAAUAUCACUUUUAAAAGUGAUCACGAUAAGGAUAAUACAUUUAUUACAAAUCCAUUUGUUGCUGAAAUUGCAGCUUCAGAGCUUGGUGUAGAUGUGACUGAAUUAACUAAAGUGAUAACAAUGAAAUUAACAGAAACAUCAAUUGACAAACUAUGGAGUCCGGUUAAUGUUGCUGGUGCAAUUGUAAAUCGUGAUUCUAUUGCGAAAAGUUUGUAUGCAGAAUUUUUCGAUAGAUUAGUAGAGAAAAUUAAUCUAAAAAAUGCACCACCAGAUUAUAUAGAUUCAAAUACAAAAUCAUCACUACGUGCAAUUGCUUUACUGGAUAUUUAUGGUUUUGAAAAUCUUCCAACUAAUUCACUUGAACAAUUUUGUAUCAAUUAUACAAAUGAAAAUUUACAACAAUUUUUCAAUCAUUACAUAUUUGAAUUGGAACAAGAAGAAUAUCGAGCAGAAAAUAUCAGUUGGCAAUAUGUUCAAUUCCCGGAUAAUCAACCAAUUAUUGAUUUGAUAGCUGGUAAACCAAAUGGUAUAAUGCAUUUAUGCAAUGAUGAAGCCAGUUUAGCUACAGGGACAGAUAAAUCAUUUCUACGUCAGUGUCAGCAUCACCAUAAUAAACAUCCAAAUUUUAAAACAAAUAAAAUACAAGGAAAUACUUCAUUUACUAUCGUACAUUUUGCUGGUGAAAUUGUUUAUGAUGUGAACGGAUUUGUUGAUAAAAAUCGUGAAAAAAUUCGCGGUGAACUACUUGAUUUAUUAACUAAAAGUAAAAAUUCUGCAGUAGCAACAAUGUUUCGUAAUGUUCAAGCACAACGUACUGGUUUUAGUAGUACUGGUCCAAAGUUGAAAACCUCUUUAGUUUUAACAACAAUGAAUAAUUCAUUACAACAAUUAAUGGAGAAAAUGCGAAUGAAUAAACCAAGUUUUGUACGUUGUAUCAAACCAAAUAUGAGAAAAGAGCCAAUGGUAUUUGAUGAUGCAGUUGUUAUGGAUCAAUUACGUUAUGGUGGUUUAUUAGAAACUGUUCGAAUUCGUAAAUCUGGUUUCCCUGUUCGUCUCAGUUAUGAAUAUUUUAUCGAGCGUUAUUCAUUUUUACUUAAUUAUGAAAAACGAAAACAAUUGAAGAAUAUUGUUGAUACUCGUGAAUCAACGGCUUGGAUAUUAAUGAAUAUCAGUAUUCCUUUUGGUGAUCGAACUCCUAUACAAAAAUGUGUUGAUUAUGAAUUUGGUAAAACUAAACUAUUUCUACGCAAUCAAUUAGCUAUGAAUUUGGAAUCUCUUCGUACAAUUAAAGAGUUAUGUGCUGCUAGAACUAUACAACGAGCAUGGAGACGACGUGAUAAUGGAUUGAUUGAAAGAGCACGUCGUAAUGCAGCUAGAAUUAUUCAAGCAUGGUAUAGAGGAUAUACAACAAGGCGUAAUCAUGCUGAUAUUGUUCAAUAUUUAGUAAAGAGAAGAAAGGAGCAACCAACUGGUGCACUGAAAGAAGAUUAUUCAAAAACUGAAAAACCUGUUAAGGCCUUAAGUGAAUCAGAAAUAGAAUGCUUAGAAGUUCCUAGUGAUUUGGCUUAUAUCUUACAACAUCGUAAAAUAUCUCAAGAAUGUUGGCUUCGUAAUCAUAAAGUAAUAAAACCUGCAGGCAGUAUACGUCGUUACGCACCAACUUAUGUUUCAACUAGUUGGCAAAAAUAUGGUAGACCAUUAUGGCAUGCAGCACCUAUUUCACACUUGCUACAAGUGUCUACUUCAGCGUCACAACUUGGUUAUCGUGUGGCACCACGUGAACGACCGAUAUUCUUGACCCGACCAACUGAGAAAUUGUCUGCAGCUUGUGUAGCUGCUUCAAAACUUAUCCUAAGGCUACUAUUUUUACCUGCAAUUUCAUUGUAUGAACAAUUUCUAGUUGGAAGUUUUUUAUAUCAACUGGCUCUUUGUCAGAAAUCUCUUCAUAAGGAAUAUCUAAUUCAAUUAUUAAGUAUGACAAUAAAUUGGCCUCAAUCAACCGAAGAUUUCUCGAAUUCAGACCCAGAAGAUGAACCAAGGGAGUUUGAUCCAGAUUCGAAACGAGCUACAUAUAUUCCAUCAAAACCUAAUAGUCUAAUGAUUGUUAAAUCACAAAAUGAACAAUCUAGUAUGCAACGUCGAGCUUAUAGACGUCUUUGGAUGCAUAUUGCAGGAAUGCUUACAUGCGGUCAAUUGUCACAAACACUUACACCUACUAUAGUCCGUUUUAUUAGAGAAAAUGCACCUGCCAGAUCAGCUGAAUUGUGCGAAGAUCGUAUUGUACUAGAACCCUCUGUUCGUCGUCUAUAUCCACCUUCUCUGUUAGAAUGGCGGAUAAACUAUACUGGAACUCAUAUGGGCAUUAAACUUACGUUCCCAGAUGGUAUAUUUUCAUUUUUUCAUGUUGGCAGUUUCACACGUGCUGAAACAUUAGCGGGUAUGGCUUUAGCAUUAAGAACAUAUUCAACGCAUAUUCUUCAUGGUUGGACAAUAUCUGUACAUAAUUCAUCAAAAAUAUUAGAUGUACCAGGAUAUUUUUAUGUAUUGGAUAUAUUUAGUCAACAAGAACUUCCGGAAGAAUGGUCACACUUGAAUAAUAUACUUCUUCAUCAAGUAAUACCAUGUUAUGAUCUCAAGCCAAAAACAAUAAAACAUAAUAAUAAUAAUAAUAAUAAUAAUAUUAAUAAUUCUCAUUAUGUCAGGAAUGAAGUGACAGGAAUUAUUGACAAUGCACUACCUCCUAUGGUGAAUAAACAUAAAAGUUAUAGUCAUCAAAAAUUGGCCAAUUCAAUACAUGGGAUAGAAAACACGAUGAAUUCAUACAGUCGAUAUUCAAAAACGGCAAAUAUAAAUUCUUUAAAUCACCAUCGUCGUCCUAAUUCUCAAGCUGACUGGUUUAGAGCAGUACGGUUAAUGGCUUCAAAACGAUUCAGCGAAAGUAACAGAUCACUUACUUCAAUAAGAAGGAAAAAUAUUACAAAUCCCAAAAUAUGUAAUAAGUUACAUUCAAAUAAUGUUGGUUUCCCACGAUCCAAAUCUCCAGGUGAUAUUCUUCAAGAUAGUCGACUUACAAGAGCAUCCCCAACUGGUUUUGAAAGUUAUACUGGUCGAAGAAGUACAAGUGCACUGCCACAUGAUUUGCGUUAUUACAUUUACGAUCUUGCACCUGGGACUGUACAACUUAGAAAAGAAUUUAUUACUCCCCGUGAACGUAUAAGAACACAUUUGAUAUUGAAUUUAAUUUUUCAUCAAAUCAUUGCUGAUAUUCGUGAUGAAAAAAAUUUACGUCUAAAUAUGGAUGAUCGUAAUGAAUUGUUAUCAGUAAUCGGUAAAUAUAGAAAUUUUGAUUCCAUUGAAUCGAUCCAGGAAAUUCCAAUGGAAAUAAAAAAGAAAACUGUAUCAACAUCGUUGAAUUUACCUAUUUAUUUUGGACGAUUUUAUCCAGUUCAAUCACCAGAUGUGAAGGCUUCUCCAGAUCUCAGUCAGUGGUUAGUAGUGAGUCAUCAUGGUAUCAGAUUGGCUUUACAACCGAUAGACUGUACUGAGAUCAACAUAGAAAUCGUCUCAAAGCUUGGUGACAUAAACAAUGUGACUUCAUCUCGCACAUCUAACAGACCACGAUGGCGUUGUGGAGAUUCAUCAUCAAUUGAAGACUUUCAAAGUACUAAUCAUGGAAAACCUUUAGAUUAUCUUAAACCUCCUUUAAGUCGAUCAGUCAGUACAGUAACCUACAAUCUUCUAACUAUAAAUCAUGCCCACGGAAUAAGUCGGUUCUACACAGAAAUGGCAGAAAAGAUUUGUGAACUCAUUGAAUUAUUCUUAAGAGAAUAUAAAGAAGAGAUGAAACGUCUUCGAGAGGCAAAACACUCAGCUUUCAGAAGUCAUUUCAAUCCAUCAAGUCCUGACAUUGCAAGUACUCCAGAAGUUACAUAUCGACUUGUGUGCAGUCCUGCUUUACUUUCAGACGAUUUAUCCGCCCCAUCAAUAAAUUCAGAACAGGAAGUUAUACCAAGAAAUACUACAAAUAUUAACACUAAACCUCCAGUUAUUCCAAGAAGACGUAAUCGUAAUCUUAAUAAAUGUGACAAUUAUUCAAAUAACAGCUCACUAGUUGAUAGUUCUGAUUCAUUGUCAUCUGAUUCGGAAUUACAAUCAACGAAUCCAAUCAAUCGAUCAACAACGCCAACUAUAGUCAAACGUACACGAUCAUCAAGUGAACAUAAUAUAGCUGAUGGUGUAAAUAAUUUAAGAUCUGGUGAUAAUACACCUAUUGGUUGGAAUCCACCAUAUAGACGGAAUUUAUUUGGUGAUUCAUUAGGACAACAGUUUAAUGAGCAUCCUCUUCUACCAUUUGCACGUCAAAACUUUUUAAAUACAAAUAACUUAAUUCAACAACUUAGUUGGCAAUCUGAACCUCCUGAGUCUGGAUCACUGUUAAAACAUCCAAAUAGUGUGGAUACAGAAGUUUCGACAAAUUUAUUCACACUUAUUCAAUAUUUUGCCAAAGAAGUACCAUCAAAACAUCCACAGAGUGCAAUUGUUAAAAUAUUAAUUGAAAUGCUGAAUGAACGACCAUGGCUUUCUGAUGAAUUUUACUGUCAACUUGCUAAGCAAACAUAUUCAGAUAAUAAUAAUAAUAACAGUAAUCACGAUAAUCAUGAUCUUGUAUGGUUAUUAUGGAAAUUAACAACAAUUUUUGUACCAACAUCCGAUACACUUAGGCCAUAUUUAGUUAAAUAUAUUGGAUUUCGACAAGAUAUUCAAAAUCAAAAAUUACAAGCUUGCUUAGAUACAAUUAUUCAGAAUAUGGAAAUUGUUUCCCGUUUUGGUCCAAGAAAACUCCUACCACCUGAUAAUGUUUUAGAAUCCUUUAUAGACGGUCAUAUGAUUCAUAGACAAGUAAUUCAUUUUACUAAUAAUAAAAGUACCAGUAUACCACUUGGACAAUUAUGUCUUAUUCAAGAUGUCAUUCAUAAUGUAAUCAACAAACUCAGUGCAAGUUUUCUUACUUCACCGACUGAUUUUGCAUUAUUUCUAUGCAAUAAAAAUGGAUCAAUUAACACUUGUAAUGAUGAUCCACUGAUUCCUUUACCAUUGGAUGCAUACAUAUUCGAUGCCCCAAUAUAUCAUGAUAAUUUGAUAAUUCAUUUUCGAAGAAUAUGUUGGACUGUUCCAUUGGAAUUGCAAAAACUUCCUCGUGCCUAUUUAGAUUUUUUAUUUGAUCAAGUCGUUGAAGAGUACCUUUCAGGACACUGGUUACCAGAUAAGCUUACUUAUGAUCCAAACGAACUAUAUAAUAAAUGCCUUCAUCUUUCUUGUAUGUUGCACCAGAGUCAUGAAUCUUCUGUUUCUAUUAGCAGUACAAUAGCUGCUUCACUCAAACCAAAGAAUCUGCAAAUUUCAAUAGAAAAGUGGUCAGCAGAAUUAAAUGCAUUACUCAAGUCGACACAAACCAAAGAUUCUGAAGAUAGUCAGAAAAUCUUUUUGUCUUCAAUCAGAAGUUGGCCACUUUUUGGAUCAUCAUGUUUUCUUGGUCUAAUUGAAAAUGGUCCAUCUGGAAUCCCAACUAAUUGUGAAGUAUUAAUUGCUCUAUCUCAUUCAGGUAUUCAUUUAUUAGAUUCUUCAACUCAUCAAUGUUAUCAAAUGUUUGCUUAUGAAGAUAUCGCAAGUACAAGAGUUACUUAUAAAGAUAGUAGUGAUUUUAACUGCAUUGGUUCUGUACGUCUUACAGCUAGUAAUGGUGAACAGUUAAUCUUGUCUUUAAUUCAAGCUAGAAUGUUUGUGUUCAUUUUAAGUAGAUAUCAGUAUAUACUGUCAGCAAAUCUGUUAGCUUCUGCUUGA